ACAGUUAAUUCCAACGGUCAAUCCCUUUCUAAGUCAAGGAUGUCCUUGUAAUUUCCAUCAUGUUUUUCCUUCCUCUUUUUUCCUUUUUUUUUCCUUUUUAUCUUUUUCCCUCACAUUCUUCUUUCCCGCAAUAAUUUCUAACAAUUUUCAUCAACCUUUAUCUGCAUAACCUCCAAUUAUCGUUGUCAUCUUCUUCUUCUUCUUCUUCUUUAAAUCCAUCGUUAUUCGCCAACCAGGAGGCUGCUGUUGCUUAAGUAAUUCAAGAUGGGAACCUCAACUUUGCACUUGGAUGAUUGGCAUAUGUAUUUUAUUGACCAAAUAAAACUUCACUUUAUUCACCCAGCUCAGAAUCUCUUGCGAUUCUAAAAUGAUUAUGGUGGAAAUGGCUGAAAAUGGUACUUCAUUUGUCAAAGUACAGAAGAUUUUGCAAUUUACGACUGUUCUAAAGUUUGCAGCCUGUGAAUUGUUUCUGAAUUUUUUGCUGCUUAUUGAUGCUGUAUUCUCAUAUCUGCUAACAAAAUUUGCACGUCAUUGCAAACUGCAAGUACCUUGCAUUUUGUGUUCCAGGCUUGAUCACUUAUUGGGCAAUGAAAAACCAGGAUUUUAUCGCAAUCUACUGUGCAGCAACCAUAGAUCAGAAAUAUCAUCCUUGUUUUCUUGUAGUAUUCAUGGCAAGCUUGCAGAUGGGCAUGGCAUGUGUGAGGAAUGUCUCUUGUCAUUUAUCAUGAAUACCAAAUCAAACCCAGAAAUGCACAGGCUAUUGAUGGGUAACUUUGGGUAUGAUCUCAGUGCUUAUGGUUGCUAUAGUUCAUUUCUGAACAGGGAAUUUGUUACUGGUUCUGUGGGUGUGCGGUUGUGCUCGUGUUGCAAUAAGCCUUGGAGAUCAAGACCAAAUGCUGACAAACUACUUGUGCUAAAAUCGCCACAGAGUGGGAUGACAAUGCCUACUAUUCCUUUGCCACGGCGUUUGACUCACCGUGAGGGCUUAAAGAAAAUGAGAGAGAGGUUUCCUGGGUCAGAAACGUCCUGCAAUCUUAAGAAAACUGUUUUUGAUCCAUCGUCUCAUGUAGGAUAUGCAGAGCUAAAAUUUGCUUCUGAUUCUGAGUCAGAAUUCCCAUUUUCAGAUGAUGAUGAGGGUAGUAAUAUUGUGCCUGAAAUAAAGGAGCCUAAGGAAGAAUCUAAAAUUCGACAUGCUUCAGAAAUUUUACCUAAAAGACUGAAAAACUGUAUGCCCCUAGAUAAGCUGAACUACACUUCCUAUAAACCACAGAUGCAGCCUGAUGUCGGAAAGCUGCAGGAUUUGAAAUUUUUUCAGCCUGAUUCUGACAUAGAUGGUGGCUUUGAUGUGCUUAAACGGCGGCAAGCUCUUCGGAGAAACUAUCCUUCUGCACCUGAGCUUAUUUCACUAGACAAUUUUCCUUCUUUGUCCAAUGGGAUGGAAGCCCCUGUUGCAGUGCCAACAGAGAAGUGUGAGCUCAAGUUUCCUCUCUCAGAAAAUUCCGUUCCUCAUAGACUACCUGAGCUCAUGUCUGUAGUUAAUGCUUCCUCAUCAUUCAAUGUUGUUGAACAUUCUUUUGAAGCAUCACAAUUGAAGUCUGGCACGGGAACAAACAAUGUUAUAAGUAUUUCCAUAAACAAGCAUGGGGAAAUUUUGAAGUCAGUAGCUGCAACAGGAGGAGGAGGUGUUAAAAAUGAUCAGGUUCUUAAUGAAGUCUCUUGUAUGAAUCCACCUUAUGUGAAUCAGAGUGAUGUGUGGAAGUCUACUCUCAGUAUUGAGGAAAAAGAAGCAUCUGGUUUUGCAGCAAAAAGACCCCCUCUGGAAGAACUUGAAAUAGUUAAUGAUGACAAGAAGUUGUUGUCCAUAGAAAAUAUUUCUGCUCAAGGGGUUGGCUUACAUUCAGACAAGAUACUCCCCAGCUUUCAGGGUCAUGAUGAUGAAUUGCAGACAAAUGAAGCUUCUAACUCUGACGUAGUUCAGAUGCUUCGGGACACAGUACCAGUAGAGAAAACUGAAUCUUCUGAUGUGGAAUUUCUUGAUGGAAGUACUGUCAGUGAGAUUGAAGGUGAAAAUACUGUUGAUCGACUAAAGCGGCAAAUUGAGUAUGACAAAAGAUGCAUAAAUGCUUUGUAUAAGGAAUUAGAUGAAGAAAGAAGUGCUGCAGCAAUUGCAGCAAAUCAGGCAAUGGCCAUGAUUACAAGGUUGCAGGAAGAAAAGGCAGCAGUCCAUAUGGAGGCCUUGCAGUACUUGAGAAUGAUGGAAGAACAAGCAGAGCAUGAUGUAGAAGCACUAGAAAGGGCUAAUGAUCUCUUGGCUGAAAAGGAGAAAGAUAUUCAAGAUUUGGAAGCAGAUAUAGAGUUUCUCAGGUUAAAUUUCCUAGAUGAGCCAGUGGAGACUAUAGCAGAGGGAACCUGUGAUCUGAAGGGAGGAAUUUCAACUUCACAUAGUACUAGCAUAAGCUAUGCAAAAUAUGAUGUCAACUUCCAGAAUUGCCUAAAUGACCAGGAAAAUUCUAUUGAUGUCAGGUCUUCUUUAGCAGAAUUUGAAGAUGAGAAAUUAUGCAUUUCACAAUGUUUGAAGGAUUUGGAGAUGAAAUGUUUCCAAUUUUCUCAGCAAGAGGCUUCGGCGUGCUUGUCGGAUAGUCACUCUGAAGAAACCAUAGAGAAAGGAGUUAACAAGGGUGAGUCUCUCGAAAAGAGGGAGACUCAAAUAAAUGGUGAGACGAAAGAGAAUAGUUCAUCACUGCAAAAGGAUAUAGCUGUGUCUAAUGGAACCUUUCCUGCCCAUGGACAGUCUAAUGUUAAAGAUGAUACAGAUAAAAUUGCUGGGAAUGAAGGGAAUCGUUCUCCUUCCAGUGGACAAAAAUCCUCCAAGAAGUGUAGAGAAAUUGAUUUGUUCACACUUGAAAAUGAAAUCUCCGACCUCAAUGAAAGGCUGGAAGCACUUGAGAGUGAUUGGAACCUACUUGAGCAUACGUUUAACUCUCUUCAAACUGGAAAAGAGGGACUAAAUUAUGUCAAGGAAAUAGCUCAUCAGCUACAAGAAUUGCGAAAAACUAUGACAAGGAGCAGACGCCAACUCGCUCCUUGAGAGUUUGAGAAUACAUCUAUUAUUGAGUUUAGCAUGCUGACUAGGAAAAUUAGUUAGUCUGACAUCUGCACUUCUAGAAAUGAAACAAUUCCCUUUGUGCAUUUCAAACUGUUGUAAUGUCCUGUCCUUUUCACUUUGAACAUAAUCCCGUAGAACAGCCAGUUUCAUGGCAAAAGCGAAUUUGUGUGCUUGUGCGAGAGAGCCAGUUUUCUUAUUUUUAUCUCUUUUUUCCCACUCAGCCUCCUCAGUCUUCAAGUAAGCCAGAAGAUCCUUUAGGAGAUCAAGUUAACUGACAAGAAAAGCUGCCAACGGUAACGCCAUUUUUUGGCGUGGAAAUUGAACUGACAGAAAAAGAUGUUGCAGUGAUGGUUUCCAUUUCCACAUUACUGAUAUGAUUUGGUGAACGGCUCUUAUUGAUUGUUAUGUUUGCUGUGUUAAAAAUUCAAAGAAUGUGAAUAGAUUACAGGUUAAACAGUGCUAACGCCUGGAUUUGUAGGAUGUGAUUUACGUAGACUUAGUAAUUGUAGAAGGGAAUGGUGAAUAUGUCUGGUAAACAAUCUUGAGGAACUUCUUUUAUACCCUGGAUUGGUUAUUUUUCCUUUUUUUUAAUUUAUUUUAUUUAGUUUCUUGUAAUUGAGCUAUAUUGUGGCUCAACAUUUUAGCCAGUAAUAUUAUUAUUUAAUUUAUG